AUGCCUUCUGACAGGACUGGUCACUCCGAGCUGCCACGGGUGUCUCGACCUCCGCCGGUGUGUUACAGCUGCGGCGUCCCGGGUCACAUCUCGCGAUUUUGCAACAACCCUCCUACGUACCAGCGAGAUCCCUUGCUCAUGUCUCCCCAGCCUCUCGACCGCCCGUUCCCUACGCCACGGCAACCACGCACGCCCACCAGUUUACGCUACCCUUCACCGGCCUCUGAUCGAAACUUCACGCCGCCACCAGCCCCAUGUGCUCGACGAUCCCCAUCGCCGCGGCGACGCAUGAAGUCACCGCCGCCGGAAAACCAGUCGGCGCGGCCAAUGGGGAAUCCUCUACGACGCUGGUUGCACUUGCUGAUGCUGCAGGCGAGAAUGGACAUCUCGGUCCUCAAGGUUCAGCCAAUUCAUAACAUUUACAAAUGA